AUGCAGGAGUACAUGCCUGGGGUUUACCAGUACUGGCAAGUCACAGGAUACAUUCCAGAGAUGCUACAGUCUCCUAUGCAGGAGUACAUGCCUGGGGUUUACCAGUACUGGCAAGUCACAGGAUACAUUCCAGAGAUGCUACAGUCCCCUAUGCAGGAGUACAUGCCUGGGGUGUACCAGUACUUGCAAGUCACAGGAUACAUUCCAGAGGUGCUACAGUCUCCCAUGCAGGAGUACAUGCCUUGGGUUUACCAGUACUGGCAAGUCACAGGAUACAUUCCAGAGAUGCUACAGUCUCCUAUGCAGGAGUACAUGCCUGGGGUUUACCAGUACUGGCAAGUCACAGGAUACAUUCCAGAGAUGCUACAGUCUCCUAUGCAGGAGUACAUGCCUGGGGUUUACCAGUACUGGCAAGUCACAGGAUACAUUCCAGAGAUGCUACAGUCUCCUAUGCAGGAGUACAUGCCUGGGGUUUACCAGUACUUGCAAGUCACAGGAUACAUUCCAGAGAUGCUACAGUCUCCUAUGCAGGAGUACAUGCCUGGGGUUUACCAGUACUGGCAAGUCACAGGAUACAUUCCAGAGAUGCUACAGUCUCCUAUGCAGGAGUACAUGCCUGGGGUGUACCAGUACUGGCAAGUCACAGGAUACAUUCCAGAGGUGCUACAGUCCCCCAUGCAGGAGUACAUGCCUUGGGUGUACCAGUACUGGCAAGUCACAGGAUACAUUCCAGAGAUGCUACAGUCUCCCAUGCAGGAGUACAUGCCUGGGGUGUACCAGUACUGGCAAGUCACAGGAUACAUUCCAGAGAUGCUACAGUCUCCUAUGCAGGAGUACAUGCCUUGGGUGUACCAGUACUUGCAAGUCACAGGAUACAUUCCAGAGAUGCUACAGUCUCCUAUGCAGGAGUACAUGCCUUGGGUGUACCAGUACUUGCAAGUAACAGGAUACAUUCCAGAGGUGCUACAGUCUCCUAUGCAGGAGUACAUGCCUGGGGUUUACCAGUACUGGCAAGUCACAGGAUACAUUCCAGAGAUGCUACAGUCCCCUAUGCAGGAGUACAUGCCUGGGGUUUACCAGUACUGGCAAGUCACAGGAUACAUUCCAGAGAUGCUACAGUCUCCCAUGCAGGAGUACAUGCCUGGGGUUUACCAGUACUUGCAAGUCACAGGAUACAUUCCAGAGGUGCUACAGUCCCCUAUGCAGGAGUACAUGCCUGGGGUUUACCAGUACUGGCAAGUCACAGGAUACAUUCCAGAGAUGCUACAGUCUCCUAUGCAGGAGUACAUGCCUGGGGUUUACCAGUACUGGCAAGUCACAGGAUACAUUCCAGAGAUGCUACAGUCUCCUAUGCAGGAGUACAUGCCUGGGGUGUACCAGUACUUGCAAGUCACAGGAUACAUUCCAGAGGUGCUACAGUCUCCCAUGCAGGAGUACAUGCCUUGGGUUUACCAGUACUGGCAAGUCACAGGAUACAUUCCAGAGGUGCUACAGUCCCCUAUGCAGGAGUACAUGCCUGGGGUUUACCAGUACUGGCAAGUCACAGGAUACAUUCCAGAGAUGCUACAGUCUCCUAUGCAGGAGUACAUGCCUGGGGUUUACCAGUACUGGCAAGUCACAGGAUACAUUCCAGAGAUGCUACAGUCUCCUAUGCAGGAGUACAUGCCUUGGGUGUACCAGUACUUGCAAGUCACAGGAUACAUUCCAGAGGUGCUACAGUCUCCCAUGCAGGAGUACAUGCCUGGGGUUUACCAGUACUGGCAAGUCACAGGAUACAUUCCAGAGAUGCUACAGUCUCCCAUGCAGGAGUACAUGCCUGGGGUGUACCAGUACUUGCAAGUCACAGGAUACAUUCCAUAG